ACCGCUUCCAAGACACGUACUUACUCGUUCUCCACACGCGUCUCCGGUUUUAUGGUCUUUCUUCCGCCACCACACCUAGCAUCCGCCUCACGUCCUGCCUACGCUGAGGCUUAUGCAAACAUCCUUGCGGCACACCGCCGCUCGCCGCUCGCAUCUGCUUCGUCUGUCGUAAUCCUCGUUGCUCCCGAUGUCGACGCAUUGUGUGCAGCGAAAAUACUUGCGGAACUCCUAAAGCAGGAUGAUGUUACACACAAAAUAAUCCCUUCUUCGGGUCCGGCCGACCUUGAACGCAUGAAAGACGAGCUGAUUACAUUUGCCGAGCUACACACUCUCAUCCUAUUGAAUAUGGGUGCUAUUCUUGACCUUUCGUCCGAGAAUUGGUUCGGCGAAUUCAACAUGAAGCUUACAGUGCACGUCAUAGACUCAAACCGGCCACAGAACCUUGCGAACAUGUUUUCCGGUGGUGAGAAUGGCGAGAGGUUUAUUGUAUGGGAUGAUGGUGAAGCAGAGAAUAUGGGAGAGGAGAGGAAGGCUUGGGAAGCCCUGACGUACGAACCUGAACCCGACUCUGACGAGGACUCGGAGCUGGACGAUGAAGAUGGCGCUCUGUCACAUGAAGAGGAUGAUCAUGACAAUGAUAAUGAGUUCUCGGAACGGGGCCCCACGGGCAAGCGGAGAUCGUUGGGAGACGGAGAUCGAAGUCAAGAAAAGCGACGGAAGCUGGACGACCAAUCUACCCGACUGUCGCGAGAACAACGUGAUGCAUAUCAUCAACUUAUCGCCAAAUACUAUGGGAGUGGGUCGUGGUACGGUCAAAGUGCGUCUGCGACAAUGUACAUACUUGCAACUGUCCUUGAACGCGUGGACUGUGAUUUGCUCUGGCUAGCGAUCCUUGGGCUCACAUUCCAGUAUACCACCGCUCGAAUAUCCCGCGACACUUACGACAAAUACCAUUCAAUAUACUACGAUGAAGUUUUCCGCCUAAACCCACUCCCACCAGACGUUGCUGCGAAUACAACAGAUGCUAUUACAGCUAUGAGCCCAGACGAUCUCUCUGUACGUGCAGCUGAGGAGCUACGUUUUAUGCUCUUCCGACAUUGGACCCUGUACGAUGCAAUGUACCAUUCAAGCUAUGUUGCGGGCAAGCUUGGCAUAUGGAAAGAGCGUGGACGAAAGCGUCUCACUGGAUUGCUCGCGAAAAUGGGCUUCUCUAUUCCUCAGACGCAGCAACCCUAUGCUCAUAUGGACCUUGACUUGAAGCAUCAACUGCGGGCGAAACUCGACUCAAUUGCGCCAGAAUACGGCCUGGUGGAGCUAACGUAUCCGUCUUUUGCGAGAUGCUUUGGUUAUCGUGCUUCCCCUCUCGGUGCAGCGGACGCUGUGGAAGCAGUAGGUGCGUUGCUCGACGUUGCAGGCGGUAUCAGGAUGGAGGUCGAGGUCGAAGGCGCACGGCACGGGGGGGAGUGGUUUGGUGGCGGGAGAUUAUGGGAAGGGGGAAGGGAAGGGGAAGGGCAGCAGGAGAAGCGAAUGGAGGUAGGCAGCAGACAAAAGGACGGGGACGGGGAUGGAGACGUUGAUGGCGAAGAGCGGAAGGAGAGGACAUGGUGGGAGAAGAAUUUCUGGGCUGCUUAUGAUGCUUUGACAGACAUUAUACCCCUAAGAGACGGUUUGUCGCUUGCAAUGUCGCUUCAUCGUGCCAUCAUUCGGCAAGGGACGUCGAUAAUAGACAAGCAGGGUAUUCGAACGAUGCGCUCCCAUCGCGUUGUGGUGCUCUCACAGGGGCCUGAUCUUGCUCUCUUCGCCCAUCCCGGGGUUCUGGCGCGUCUAGGGCUUUGGCUAGUUGAUGCACUUCGUGAUCGUCUCCCAGGGACAAAAAUCGGCGGCCCCCAAGGAAGAGGAAAGAAGUCGCUCCCGUUUGUCGUCGCUUGCUUGAAUGAAAAGACACGAACGUACGCUGUGGUCGGUAUCAUGGGAGCGCUUGACUUUGGGGAUGUCAGGAGAAACGAGUUUGGUCUAGCAUUCAUUGAAGCAAAGCAACGCUGCAAUGCACGGUCACGCCACAGUACCUUUGAUGCCAGCGUGCUCGAGAUUGAUCAGGACGAUCUGAAGUUGUUCUUGGAAACCUUGUGUGAAGUUGGGGAGAGUUACUGACAUUCUUAGUUUUUGCAUGUUGUCAUCCUAGUCACUUUGUAGCUGUCUCGCAUCAUUUCUGCACUAAUAUACUUGUUGUACUCUGCCAGCGUCGUCCGAUAGAGCAGUACUCCACGAGUAUCAUCAUUCCCCUGGGCUCCACCAGAUGGGGAACCCAAAUCCGUGACUCCCUGAAUGUCUUGAGAAGUAAUCGUAAUCGAUGUUUACUGCUACCCGUUAAUAGUCAACUCCAUCAGAACACUCGGGGUACUGACCUGCCGCCGCAAGCACUAGC